AUGAGUCUAUAUAAGAGGCUAGCAUCGGGUGAGCACGAUAAUGCUUGCCUUCACAUGCAGCCGCGACUCCGAAGUAGUCAUCGUACUAGUAACAACAACAAUGAUAAUAACGAAUCAAAUGAUUUAAUUGGUAAUAUACUGCACUUGCGUGGAGAGUUUGAUGUCCAAAAGACGGUGUCGCAUCAGCAACUCAGUCCAGGGCUGUUACGCGAAUGGAAUAGGAUAUUUGAGGAAGCAGCAAUAUUUACAGGGUUUGACGAAAAGCUUUUUGGGACGGUGGUCACUAUUGUUUAUCGUAAUUGUACAUCGGGCCAGAUAUCAGCCCAGUCAUUGACCAAAUUUGGAUUAUCAACUUAUUUGGACUUGAAGCUCGAUUCCUCAUCUAGAUUUUGGCCUAGUUGUGAAAAUUUAUUACCAAAGUACAAGAAAUCACACGUUCGAAGAGCAUUGGCAAUACUGAAUUUGAAAAACUCAAGUAAGCUCUUGAAUCACCAUGAAUUGAUGGGCACUUUACCCAUGUGGGAUGAAACAGACGCAGGUAACCUUGCCAACAACAUGAAAUUGAUCCAGAAUGCAAAGCCCAGUGAGGUUGGAAAAACAUUAUUAGACUUUGGUCUACUUCAAAACCAUCACAUACUGACAUUCAUAAUGGAUGUCGUUUAUGAUAGCAAUAAUGCUAACGAAAUGAUCUCAACAGAGAAUAACAAAAUAGUAACAUUGCUUGGAGAACAACUUGAUCAACUUUUUGAUCCCUUACUAGAGUAUUCUCCCGAGGUUAUGGAAAUCACAUAUACUCCCGCUACAUUAAGUGCAAGUGGAAAUGCAAGUGGAAAUGGAAAUGGAAAUGGCAACAAAAACAUGCACCCUAAAGAAAAAGCUUUGUUGUACGCAAAUUCUAAAGUUCAAAACAUAGUUGACGAGUUUGUAAAUGUGCAAACAAAAUUUACAAUGGGUCUCGUUGAGCUACUACAAAACUUUAUUAUCCCUUUAAGAAUAAGUGCUACAGAACUAAACUCAAAAGCCACAAAUAGAAUAGCAGAGAUUAAUCGUAUUUUUCCUCCAACUAUAGACGAAAUGGCUAGGAUCAACUGUAUAUUUAAUGAUGCUUUGCUCAAAGCGCGUAAGAUCAACUACGUUGAGGUGUUUAAUGCCAUUGGAACAAUAAUACCUUAUUUUUACAAACCUUGCAUACGUCAUGAAGCAAACAUGAAGAGUUUUUAUGCCAAACUCAAAGGUUUUUAUCAAGACAAUAAGAAAAGCGUUUUUGAUAAUGAACGCAUCAACCGCUCGAGGUAUGCUGUGACGGAAAUUGAUACGAUCGUGACGGGAUCGUUGAUGAUGUUGCCAAAGUUGAAACUAAUCAUGAAUCGUCUUUAUGAAGAGAUAAAGAUUGAAGCAGCAAAAGAGACCAACCAAGCCAAUGAAGUUUAUAUUGAUAUUGGUAAUAAAAAUGUAGACACUGCGAUGGGAUUUAUAGAAAAGCAAUUUCGCUCUGCUAUGGAGGUAUUUCAAGCUCUAGGAAAUGUUGAAGGAGCACCGCUGGGAGAAAUAGGAAGAGAAAGAAUAUUUACACCAACAGGGAAAAUCUUGACCGAGUUAGCAAACAACUGGCCUGCAGAGCUUCAAUAUGGUUGGCUCACACGGAAAGUCAUUGGAAUCUGCGAGCUAAUUCCGAUAAGUCCCAAUAUGAAUGAUUCUGAAACACUGCAUUAUAGGGAAGUGUUGGUUGUAUUUUCAGACCACUUGUUAUUCAUACAGGUCCAGAAGCCAGAAGACGUUGUCUCUGAGAAUAAAGAAUGGACAAGGCAAAACUCCAUUUCAGUGGCAGAUGCAUUGUUGCAUUCAUUGGUCAAUGAAAAGCCACUUCCGAACCUAGACUCGUUUCCAACAAUGACUGUAUCUUGUUGGUGCAGCAUAGACGACGCAAUUGUUUCGCAGUAUUAUUCUUUGGGAACCAAUGGAGCGCAACAGGACUGUGUACAAUUUUUGAACCAUACAAAAAAUGGGUUCAAGACAUUGAACAUGGGCCAGCCAGAAUAUUCAAGGCAUUACCACACAGUAGACCGUUCGGGAAAUGAUAUAGUGGAUUUAGUGACCAGAGCAAAGAUAUUGGAAAAAACCACGGCAUUUCAUUUGUUCAAGUCCCCGUGUCAUAAUGGUUACGAAAAGAUCUAUUACACUGCUCAUGACUCGGUAUCAUAUGGCGCAGAAACCCUUAGAUCGCCGUUUGUUGUUUUUCUUAAUGUUGAUACCGAUGUUUUAGCUUAUUGCCAAUCUCACUCGCACAUACAGUUGGCCUUACAGUUUAAGCUGACCGAAAAUGAUAAGGUGGAGGUUUUUGGGUACGGCAAAUAUGGGAAGGUGCAUAUUGAUGAAAUAGUAUCUGUUUCCAAUCUUUCGUCUUUUGUGAUGGAUGUGCUAGUCUCUACGGUUGGACGCAUUUUUUGUACAUACAGCGCCAUCACAAGAUGUCUUAUUAAAGGUAAUAGUAAUGAUUUAAGGAGAAUCAGCGAGGGUUGGGUAGGAAAACUUGAAACUGCCAAUGCAGUAAACCCUAUUGCAACAAUAGAAAGGCCGAUUUCACCUCCAGAAGCUGAGAGGAACAGUACAAAUGUGCCCACAGCAGCUGUUAAUACAGCAACUAAAGGCGUCCCCACCGUUACUAAUACAUCUACCACUGUAGAUGCUGAUGAGAACACUGGGCGAAGCUUGGCAAAGCAAGGUAAUAAGUCCUUGAGCAAGAAAAAAUCAUUAGUGAAUAGGCUUUUCAAAAAGAAUCACUCCCCGAAAAAUAGCCAACGCAUCAAAACAACUCUUUCAACAAACACGAUGUCAAGUAAGGCAACUUCUGCAUCUCGGAACUUGCCAAACACAUUUAUCCCUCAAGGAAAUAAAACCGAGUAUAAACAUGUGUUUCAGCCUGUGCCUAUUCUCGAAGAGCGUGCAGACUCAAUUUCCAGUGUCAUUAUUAAUAAAGGGAACAAUGAUGUGUAUAGAAAUGAACAAGAGGCUUAUCACAAGAAUAAGCAUAUGCGAGAAACUUCUGGUGGGGUUGAGCUUGAACUGAACUUUUAUCCAAGUGAUGAUCACAAGGUUCAUCAACCAAUGCCUUCAAUUGAAGUACAUCUGAACUUUCAAUUUCCUAUGGAUAAACACAUCACACAUACCACACCGAUCAGGACUACUGUUACUAAACCUGCCGUUGCUAAAUCUGCCGAUGUCAAGCACGCAACAUCCAGCUCAGGUGCUAAACUAGACACCGAAACUAUACCAUCCAAUUGCACGAUUAAACGUAUCUCGACAUUUGAUGAUCUCGCAAUUGUGCCCAAAAGAUCCACAAAACGUCCACUCCUGUGUAUGUCUAUGCUUCAAGAUUAUGAUUAUGGUGCACAUGGUAAUACCGGUCUCAGUAUUGAUACUAAUUGUGAAAACAUGGAAUCUGAACCAAAUUGGGUGAUAGCAAUGAGUAGAGAAAACUCGUUGCGCCUAAACAACGAAGUAAGAAAGCUAUCUCAGCAAUUAAUCAAUCCAAUUGAAGAUAUAAUUGAGUUUGAUGAAACGACAAUGAACCAAGCAACAGGGAAUGAUGAUGACAAUGGAGAAAUAGAAAUAGAAAAAGAAGAAAUAGAAGAAGAAGAAGAAGAAGAAGAAGAGAAAGAUGGAGAAGGCAGAGACGUUGAUGAGAGAGAUGUGGAUGAUAUCAACGCGUAUAUAGCGGAUGUUAAUCUUCUCAAAAAAGUCAGAAAAGUCAAUGUCGAUACUAAUCGACAUUCACAAGCCACGUACACAACUGCUGCUGAGAGCUCUAUAUUUGAUUAUUGCGGCCGUGACGCAGGUGCAGCCACUCACAAAGGCACACAACUGCCGCAUAAAACAUCGACUGUGAGUCUGAUCUCUCUAGAUCACCAUUCUUCCACCAUGUCUGGAGAAGAGAUACCGUCUACAUCAUCUAUGGAAAUUAUCACCAAUAUUGAUCAUCUCCCCAACUUGCAUCCACCACGGUUCAUGGAUAGUAAGUAUGCUAAGUCACGGAUAAAGCGCGACAUAUCUUCAGUAUCAGUGACUCCAUCAGCGUUCGCUUCCGACUUAGGGAAAUUGAUGGAUAUCGAAUUCUCAAAUGGCUUCAUCAAGCAAGGUACUAUAGUUAGAAAAGUGACGGGUCCCAAGCUAAUACCAUAUUCAAUACCAACAAAAAACAAGAAUUGUGAACAUACUCUUGUCAAACCCAAAUUCUCGAGUGAGCCCAAUUGGCAGAAUGUAUCAGUGGAAUCAAGAACUUCGUCAGCGUCGAACGUGUCAGAAAAAUUCUUUUCUCCUUCUUUGGAAGAAAAUUCUCAGCUGCCUCGCACUCUUGUCGAAGAAGAAUUGAAUCAAGAAAAGCAGGAAGUAAUGAAGGGUCAAGCAGCGUCAUUUGAAAAAACAAAGCCAAUCAGUGAUUCUAUGCGGGAUGAAUCAAUUGCACAGUUAUCGCAAUUGCUCGAACAGUCUGUAAACUUUGAAGAUUUUCAAGUAGAGUCCCUAUUAUCAACAUGA